CCGAUCUAAAAUGUCUGUUGUGUAUGCCGUAUAAACACGCGUCGUUUGCCGAUUAAUGUUCUGUUUUCAUAAAUUAUUUUCUCUGCAUAUUUAGUUUUUACGUGAACAAUUAUUUAACAUCCGUGCGUCUUCUAAUUGCGUUUAACGCCGCGUCACUCACACACAACAAACCCUUUAUAAUGGCAGAUGCUGAUGAUCUUUUGGAUUACGAAGAAGACGAACAGAACGAGACCGUCGAGAGCGAUGACAAGAAACAAGCCAAGAAAGAAGUAAAGGGUAACUAUGUGUCCAUACACAGUUCAGGUUUCCGUGAUUUUCUCUUAAAACCGGAAAUACUAAGAGCAAUUGUCGACUGUGGUUUCGAACAUCCGUCCGAAGUGCAACACGAGUGUAUACCACAGGCUAUGUUGGGUAUGGAUAUUUUAUGCCAAGCCAAAUCUGGUAUGGGUAAAACGGCCGUGUUUGUCUUAUCCACCUUGCAGCAGUUGGAAGUGUACGAGAGCGAAGUAUACGCUCUUGUUUUAUGUCAUACCAGAGAAUUGGCUUUCCAGAUAAGCAAAGAAUUUGAACGCUUCACCAAAUAUUUGCCGGCAGUCAAGGUCAGUGUUUUCUUUGGUGGUGUGCCCAUUACAAAAGACGAAGAUACACUAAAAAAUAACAAGCCACAUGUAGUGGUUGGCACACCAGGUCGCAUACUAGAACUGAUCAGAAAAAAGAAAUUGGUUCUCAAUAAUUUGAAGCAUUUUAUUUUGGACGAAUGUGAUAAAAUGUUAGAGAUCUUACACAUGCGAAGUGAUGUCCAAGAAAUCUUUAAGAACACGCCAUUCAACAAACAAGUAAUGAUGUUCAGUGCCACCCUUAGCAAAGAAAUACGACCUGUCUGUAAAAAGUUUAUGCAACAACCAUUGGAAGUAUAUGUUGACGAUGAUGCCAAACUAUCAUUACACGGUCUCCAGCAGUACUAUGUUAAACUCACUGAAAAGGAAAAAAACAAGAAAUUGUUUGAUCUUCUAGAUGAACUAGAAUUCAAUCAGGUUAUCAUUUUUGUUAAAUCUGUUCAACGUUGCGUAGUAUUAACAGAGCUGUUAAAUGAACAAAAUUUCCCGUCUGUUGCCAUGCAUGGUGGUAUGUCCCAACAAGAUCGGUUAAAGUUUUACCAAGAAUUCAAAGACUUUCAAAAACGAAUAUUAGUGGCUACCAAUUUGUUUGGUCGAGGAAUGGAUAUUGAACGAGUGAACAUUGUUAUUAAUUAUGACAUGCCUGAAGAUACAGACACCUAUUUACAUCGAGUAGCAAGAGCUGGACGUUUUGGUACUAAAGGAUUAGCAAUUACAUUCAUUUGUGAAGAAUUUGAUGCAAAAGUUUUGAAUAGUGUUCAAGAUAGAUUUGAUGUCACCAUUGGUCGAAUGCCUAAUGAAAUUGAGCUCAGUUCUUAUGUUGAAAGAAAAUAAUUUUUAUGAUAUCUAAUAUUUUAUAAAAUUUUACAAAACAAUGAUAUUAAUUUGAUAGCUUGACUUAUGAUUUUCAAGUUUUGCAAGACAUAUACAUUCAGGUGUAUUACUUUUUAAAUGGUUUACUUCACCUGUGAGUACUCAUUUUAAAAACAACUAUGGAAACGUUUGUCAAUUUUUUUUUUUUUUUCAUUUGUGUAUUGUGUAUGGUUUAAUAUUUAGGGACCUUAGAUAUUAUCUUCAAAGUAUAAUUAGAAGUUAAGAUUGUACAUAAUAAUGCAACUGACUUAAUUAUUAAACUAAUAUGCAAACUGUAUUGAUAUGUAGUAUUUUUUAAAUUUUCCAAUAAAUCUAUACCAAAAAUUACAGAGAAAUUUUUUUAAAUAUGUGUUCUAAAAUGAUCAUUUAAACUUUAAAGUAUUACUGUAUGUAUAAAUUCUCAUAAUUUAAUUUUUUUACAAAUACUAAAUUGAUUUCUACAUGUAAAGAUUGUAUUGAAUUUUGUUCUAUUAAUUUAAUUGAUUUUAGAUUAAUUAAAAUUAAACUCUUAAAAGUUCAUUUUUCUCAUAUUUCAAAUUUUUACAAACUAACAAUUUAACCGAAUUUUUUUAAAAAUUAAAUCCAUGUAAUAAAAUAAGUGAAUUCAAUUAGGAAAUAUUAAAUGUAUUUAUUACAUGUGUUAUUUCAAAUUGUGGAUCCAUGUUGAAAUAUUGCAAAAUAUAUGGACAUAAUCUAAAUGUAAUGUUUUUAGCACCUCUUCUGUACUGUUAGUUUUUUUUUAAAUUUAAUUUUAAUCAACUCAUAGAAUAACAUGUUUUUAAAAUAAAUUAAAUAAAAUUAUGAUGAAUUUUAACCACCAAA